AUGGAUACAAAGCAGACAGAGGAUGCAGCCGGAGACGUGAACCAGCAGAGCCGGAGAGGUGGACUCAUGGCGAGGAUCAAAGAAUUCAACCCCAAGGAAGUUUUCACCUGGCAGUUGGCGAGGACGUUGGCCAUGGGUCAGGGCCUGGCUGCGCUCAUCUGUGGGACGGCCAUCUCCUCGCAGUACCUCGCCACCAGCUUCCAUGUGAACACGCCGAUGCUGCAGAGCUUCUUUAACUACAUCCUGCUGACUGUCACCUACACCAGCAUGCUGCUCUGCAGAACAGGGGAUGACAAUAUUUUCCAGAUACUGAAGAGGAGAUGGUGGAAGUACCUUCUGCUGGGGCUGGUGGACGUGGAAGCCAACUACGCUGUGGUCAAAGCGUACCAGUACACCACGCUCACCAGUGUACAGCUGCUGGACUGUUUUGUGAUCCCAGUCCUGAUGGUCCUGUCCUGGUGGGUUCUGAAGACGCGCUACAGGCCGGUCCACUAUGUCGCCGUCUGCAUCUGUCUCCUCGGGGUUGGGGCUAUGGUGGGGGCUGACCUGCUGGCUGGACGGGACCAGGGCUCCACCUCAAACAUCCUGCUGGGUGACGGUUUGGUGCUGCUCAGUGCGUCGCUGUACGCCGUCUCUAACGUGUGUCAGGAGUACACGGUGAAGAACCUCAGCAGGGUGGAGUUUCUGGGCAUGGUCGGCAUGUUCGGCUCCAUCAUCAGCACCAUACAGAUGGUGAUCCUGGAACGUAAAGAAGUUGCAAAAAUCCAGUGGAGCUGGCAAGUUGGGCUGCUGUUCUCGGCCUUCGCUCUCUGUAUGUUCUCUCUGUACAGCUGUAUGCCCGUCGUGAUGAAGCUGAGCAGCGCCACCUCCGUCAACCUCUCCCUGCUCACCGCCGACCUCUUCAGCCUCUUCUGCGGGAUCUUCCUCUUCCAGUACAAUUUCUCUGGACUCUACCUGGUCUCACUGGUGGUCAUCCUCAUCGGCUUCAUCACCUACAACGCCGUGCCGACACCCACUGACCGCUCCGAACCCGUCACCUCCUCCUCUUCCUCUUCCUCCAUCUGUGAAGAAGGUUAUUAUGACAACCCUGUGGCAGUUCAAGAUGACAUCACCAAACAGGAGGUGACAGUGAGGAUCACAGCUGAGGAGGAACGUGGGAUUGAUGAUGAAAAUGUUGGAUGCAGCACUAAAAUGUGAACUACAGCACAGAAACCUGUCAAUAUGGGUUUUGGUUUUUUUAAACAUUUAUUUAUUGAGUUUAUAUACAUGUAGAAAUGAAAAAUACAAUUAAUAGGAAAAUAAAUAAAUACAAAGAAAAAAGUUGAAACAAUGAUCAUGUUUUAAACUAUUGUUAUAUGUUAUAUAUAUUAUACAUUUUGUUAUUGUGUCAGGAGUAUUUUAAUUUUGUCUGUUUUUUUUUCAUCGUCACCAAAAAACAUCAAGUGUAAGAUAUUUAACCCGCUGUAUAAAAAUAUUAAAUGUCACAUAAAAAAUAAAAA